AUGGCGGCAUCGACGAACCAAGCCGCAUGGCUCAUCAAGGCCGACACUCCCCUACAGGUGGGCGACGCCCCAUUGCCCGCGGCGGGCCCCGGCGAGAUCGUCGUGAAGAAUGCCGCCAUCGCCAUCAACCCGCUCGACUGCCAUAUGCAGGACUCGGGCGUCUUCGUCCAGCAGUGGCCGGCGAUCUUCGGCUGCGAUGUGGCCGGCGAGGUAUAUGAAACGGGACCGGACGUGCAGCGCUUUAAGAAAGGAGAUCGUGUCAUCGGGCAUGCCAUCAACCUGGCCAGCGGCCGCCCUCAGGAUGGCGCUUUCGCUCUGUACACGGUCAUUCCUGUGGACAAAGCAGCAAUCCUCCCUGAUGCCAUCUCCUUCACUGAUGGUGUUGUGGUGCCAUUUGCGUUGGAGGCGGCGGUCUGCGUGCUUUCCCUCAAGGAGCCCGGCGUGGCCAUGCCCGGCGUCGCUACACCGGCCCUCAACUUGCCGUACCCUUCGCUGGAACACCCCGUGCCAUCCUUAGGCAAGACGCUCGUCGUGUAUGGCGGCUCCUCAUCCGUCGGCUCCAUGACGACCCAGCUGGCCACCGCCGCCGGAAUCCACGUCAUCUCCAUCGCCGGCGCGCACAACCUUGACUUCAGCAAGAGUUGCGGGGCGGCCGAAGUCUUUGACCACAAGAACCCUUUGAUCGUUGACCUAGUCGUUAAAGAGGUUAGCAAGUCUGGAAACGAGUUCAUUGGCAUCUUUGACGCCAUCUCCACCCCCGAGACAUAUGCCCACGAUCUCGCCAUCCUCGCCGCGCUAGGUGGAGGCCACCUCGCCUGUGUGCAUCCUCCUCCUCCCGCCACCGACGUGCCUGCGAACGUGAAGGCGGGUAUGAUCUUCGCCAUCAACGACGUCGCGGCCCCCGUCUGGAGGGACUACGUUACCCCCGCGUUGCAGGCUGGAAAGCUCAAGUGCCUUCCGCCGCCAUCCAUCGUUGGCAAUGGCUUGGAGCAUAUCCAAGAGGCACUAAAGAGGUCCAAGGCCGGUGUUAGUGCAACGAAGCUGGUGGUGGGAUUGUAG